CAUAUUUGUGCGGCUUGUUUUGGGUUUUAGCUUCAAAGCAGAUUUUCAGUUAAAGCUUCGAUAAUGUUUACCCUUAUAAUUUAUCUAAAUGCAUCCGAGCAGAAACGUAAACGAUGAUUCUUCUUUCUACGAGGAGAACUGAAUACCUGUGGAUUGUGGACUGCUGGACAACCAAACAAACAUGUUUAGAACAAUGUUUUGGACUUUCGGAAAUGAUGAUGUCACCCCAUGUUCCUUCGCCGGCUGAGCUCUUUCAGCUCAUCCCUCCCUCCCUUCAGCCAUCCUGCUCUCUCCCAGGCCGGCUUUAGGAGCAGCAGUGCCUCCUCCUACCUCCCCCACUUCAGCCCCGCUCCUCACCCAUGGUCGUCUGUGCGGGGAUUUCCACCCUGGCCUCCUCAGCUCCCCCACUCCCACCCAUCAGCCCACCAGUCCUUCAAUGGUAGGACGUUACGCCAUCUGAUUAUCAACCCUGGGCCCUUUGGAGGUCGCUGGCGUUCAUUCUACACCACUGCAGGCGGCAUGAUGGACCGUCCUGACAGAGACAGAGAGCCUCCAUACAAACGGAGGAAGAGUGUGGAGGAUAAAAAGAGCACUGAACAAAGUGAAGGACACAGAGCAACAGGAGGCAAGUCUAUGCAGGGAGGCUCCAGGAGAGAGCACCAUCACCAGGGCUCCGGCAUGGACAGCAGCCUCCGAUCGGACCAUCACCUCCAAGACGGAGGUCGAGACAGAGGAAAGAAUGGAGCUGGGAGAGGUGUCAGUAGGGAAAACAGCAGAGAUAAAGAUGUAGAAAGGACUAAAAGUGUGACUAAAGACAGACAGCGAAAGGACCUUUCCAGUAGAGAUGGAUCUCCACAUCGAGGGAGGAGGGAACAUCAGCAGAGAGAUUCACAAACUGUAGAGCCCAGGACUCAGGAUACAGUUUCAGUCCACAAGCCCAACCCCUGGUUUAAAAAUAAGAGUACUGAGGAGCUGGGUGGGCUUCACAGGAACACAAAGGGGCCAGCAGAGCAGCAAAGGGAUGGAGGUCAUGAUGGGGGGCAGUGGACGGGACUUGUUUCUCAUUCUCGCAGCACCACUGUCCCCUCAAACCCAUGGCAGGUGGCCGGAGCAAACAGACAACAUCCUCCACCUGGAGUCUCACAACCUGUAAAACCUCUGCAGAGACACUGGGAGGCCUGCAGUUCUGACCUCCAGCCACCAGGGGACAGCACAGUGUUUGACUUCUCAGUGAUGUCCUACAAUAUUCUGUCCCAGGAGCUACUGCAGGACAACGCCUACCUUUACCGCCACUCUAACCCCAGCGUCCUACCUUGGGAGUACCGACUGCCCAACCUGCUGGCUGAGAUCCAGCAGCACAACGCUGAUAUCCUGUGUCUACAGGAGGUUCAGGAGGACCACUAUGAAAACCAGAUUAAACCUGCUCUACAAGCACUAGGUUACCACUGUGAGUAUAAGAAACGGACAGGAAGGAAACCAGACGGUUGUGCUGUUACCUUUAAGACCUCUCGCUUCUCCCUGCUGUCCUCCAACCCUGUGGAGUUCUUCCGUCCCGGCGACGCCCUCCUCGACCGGGACAACGUGGGAUUGGUACUGCAGUUGCGACCAAACGACACUAUCGGCCAGUCAGAUCCCUCCGCUUUCAUCUGCGUCGCCAACACUCACCUUCUCUACAACCCUCGCCGUGGUGACAUCAAACUGGCCCAGCUGGCUAUCCUAUUGGCUGAGAUCGGUCGGUUGUCCCACCUCCCGGAUGGAUCUGCCAACCCUGUUGUGCUGUGUGGGGAUUUUAACUCCACUCCAUGGAGUCCACUGUACAACUUCCUGACCACAGGCUGCCUGGAUUAUCAAGGAAUGCAGAUUGGCGUGGUGUCGGGUCAGGAGAACAGUCCCAGAGGUCAGCGUCUUCUCACGUCUCCGAUCUGGUCUCACAGAUUGGGAAUCACCCAUCAGUGUCAGUAUGAGAACAAACCCACUGCUGAGUGUUCCCCCACCAGCCCGACAGCAGUAGAAGGAGCAAUCUCUAAUCUGUCAGUAGAAGACCUCGCUGCUAAAGCUGCUGCUGCUGCUUUCAACAGAGUGAGGAUUGAGCACAGCCUGAAGCUGCACUCAUCCUAUCGACACCAGCUGAUGCCUGACGGGAGACCUGAGAUCACCACUUGUCACUCCCGCACAGCCAUGACAGUGGAUUACAUCCUGUACACUCCUGAUUUCACCCAACCUCCUUCACUUCCUGGUGGGCGGGGCCUCCAGCUGCUGGGCAGGCUGUCAUUGGUCGGUCAGUCAGAGCUGGAGGAAGUCAACGGUCUGCCGAAUCAGCACCACUCAUCGGACCAUCUGCCUCUCCUGGUUUGCUUCCGCUUCCAGCGCUGACCUGGUCUCCUCACACUGAUGGAGGACAGACAGUCACAACAGUUCUGGUACUAACAGUGCAGCUCAGCUCAGGGAAGAAUGGAGCAUGUAAAAGGUUUGAUAAAUGAACAGUCACACACUCACUGAAUAUUCAAACUAAGUUUCAAAUGCAAGUUUUCCAACACAUGGUCAAGAAAGAGGAUGAGGUGCCAAACACGGAUUAAGUGCUAAAUUGUCUGUGACCCUUGUUGAGUUAAUCAUCUUUAGGGAGCAACUUUUUUUAAAGUCUUUCUGCUAAAACACAGCUGGCUGCAGGUAAAAUGAAAACUCCCAAGAGGAAAAUGUAUCCACUUAAAGUCUGAUAUCCAGUUGAAAUGGGUUAUAAUAUCCUAUGGUUAAUACAACAAAGACUGACAAUAAAAUGAAUAUUUGCUUACAUGUUUUGCAUGUAAGAUUCUGCACUGUGGUGCAGUUUUCUGGUAAUUUGAAAGAAGUUUUUUGAAGAGCUCAUGAAAUCCAGCACACGUUUCAUAAACACAAGGAAGCGGUUUUUGACCUAAAAUUUGAAUUAUCAGUAAGUAAGCAAGGUGACAUUUCAUACAAAGCACUUGUUGUUAGCACUCAUCAGUAAGAAGAUUAAGGAAAGUUUACAUUUUAUUCUGCAAAUUUAUUCUCACUAAUAAUUUGUCACCGGCAGCCGGCCUGUUCUUGCUGUCCUGUGUUGCUCCUAAACUUUCAGAAGCUACAGAUCCGUAAACAUCACCUGUAUGUGUCGUCAUUGAUCAUUCUGAUAUUAAUAUUUCACUUGAUUUUUCAAAUGUAGAGAGGUUUGCAUUAGUAUUCUUUUUCAGGUUUUAGAGACAGCUGGCAUUCAUUUAACAUUUUUAUUGGUAUAUAAAGUUUACUUUCAUCUGAUCACUUUCUUUCUGGAUGUGAAUCUACGAAGAGAUUUUAAAUCUAUUUUUUUAACCUGAACAUUAACAUUUGUGCUGCUGAGGUGGAAAGAUACUUGAUACCUUUAUUAUGCUGAGAUGAAGGGGGUCUGUUCGUUUAGUUUUUAAAAAAUGUUUUGAAAAGAAAAAACGUAUGUACAGUUGCCCCUGUGUCAUGGCCUUGAAAUGGUUUACUUUAGCGCACUGUGCCAAAAAACAUAACAUUCAUACAAAAUGAAGCACCACGCUGUACAGUGAAUAAUUAUUUGUUUGAGUUUGAUUAUUUAUAAUUAAAAAUAGAGGUUCUAUAAUUUAUUUUACUUCACACAUUUACACAUUUAACCUGCAGAUCCAACCUGUAAAACUUGUUAUAUUGUCCAGCAAGGACUAUAAAUUUGGAUUAUCUAUGAAAUUAGUGCAUUUUGUACAAACUUGUACAUAAUCAACAAAUGAUAACAAGGACCGGAUGUAUUUUUCUAGCAUUUUGGAAAGAGUUGACGUUUACAGUUUGUAAAUAAAAGAUUAGCAUUUUUA